UAAAAAUUAAAUAUAUUAAUUUAAAAAUUAUAUUUUGUUUUAAAAUAUAUAUUUCAACUAAAUUAUGUAAAAUUAUAUAUUUACAAUCAAUAUUGUUGCAUUAAUCUAGCAUAUAUAUUCACUAGCAUAUAUAUAAUUAAAUUUGCUUACGAAUUUAACUUAAGAUUAUUAUAAGAAUAAGUAAAGAAAUUACGCACGCUCACUCAAGAAAACUGAUCGUUUUAUAUUUUUUGGAUUGGUAUGCGAUAGGUGGCGCGACUUUCAAUCCAAUAAAAUGGCCGAAAAUUGAUUUUUCUUCGGGGACGUGAGUUCUAUAAAAUUUUUUACAUUUAACUAAGUAUGUAUAAAAAACAUAUAUGCUAAUAAACAACAAUGUAUUGAAAAAAAGAAAAAUAACAUUGUUACGAAUUGUGAUUGAUUAAGUAUACUUAUUACGAUCGAAUUAUAAAGCGUGAAAGAUUUGUAUAUGUUAUACUACCUGGCGCAAAGACGUCCGGUAGAUUUCUAAUGUUUUUUUGAAAUAAGAAUUCGCGCCUAAAUGAGUGCUAAAGGCCAGCACAAUUGCGUUUUGUGUGACUCAAAAUUAGAAUCCAAGGAAGCUUUGCAGGCACAUUUUAGGAAAAGAAAAAAAGAAGAAUGAAUAAAAAAAUUAAUUUUACUGAAUUCAUUAAUGAAAAUGGCUUAGAAAUAAAAAGUUUAAUUAUAUAUAAGUUAAAUGUUUUAUAUUUAGAAAACAUGCCAACAAAGAAAUAGAUACUCGAGGUAGAUCUGUGAAGACUAACAAAAAUGAUGAUACCCAAUGUGAUAUGUGUGGGCAAACAUUUGAUUCAAUUACUGCAACAAUACGACAUAGAUUUAAAGUACAUCCUAAUUCACCAACAAAAUUUUAUUGUCAUUAUUGUGGAAUGCAAUUUCCUGUAAAAACACAUAGAGAUAAUCAUCAAGCAUCGCAUGAUUCAUCUGAAAGUGAGAGGAAAGAACAACAUAAAAAAUGCGAAGACUGUGAUGUAUUGUUUUAUAAUGAGAAAGCUUUAGAUUAUCAUUAUCGUUCUAUACAUAAAAGAAUGGUACAUUUGUUUCAACCAAUAGCAACACCACCCCCUAGCAAUAAAAUCAAAUUGAACUCAAUGAAUGAUGCUUUAAGUGUAUAUUACUGUCAUUUGUGUGGUGUUGAAUAUAUCAUAAAAUUUAAUUUACAGCGUCAUUUGGAAAGAGCACAUACUCAAGAAGAAAGGGAAGCUGUUCCAGAAGAUUUAAUAAAAUGUACAGUAUGUGCUGCUUUAUUUUGUAGCAAAAAAGCAUAUGAAGUACAUAAUAAUUAUCAUCAAUCAGAUGAUCUAUAUGUAACAUCAGAGGAACAAAGAUUACAAACAGUAACUAAAGUAGAUCAAGAUUUUGAUAUUAGGCGUGUUGAAGGAGUUGCUGAUAAAUAUGUCCCGAAAACUAAUACUUCCAAAAGAUCUGCUAAAAAUUGGACAAAGCCUAAAAGAACACAGAAAGUAAAAGUAAAACAAAAAGAUUAUUCUUCUUCAGAUGAUGAACCUGGUGCUAUUAAUGAAUCCAGUGAUUCAGAAAGUGAUCUUCCAUUAAAACAAAGAAUUUGCAGCUAACGGAGGUCUUUUAUUGUUUAUAAAAUAUUUCUAUGUUUAUACUUUUUAAAUAUUAAAAUUAUAUCAAAAUGAUUGUCAUUGUAAAAUUAUCACAUAAAUUUUAUUUUUAACUUCUAUGCAAACAUAAUGUGAUUGUAGAUUAUAAUCUCUGUAUUAGUAUUUUUUAUAUUAAUAUAUAUACAUAUUUUUUUGUUUAUUUAA